AUGACGACGCCACAAGGACCUACAGGAACCCCAAGCCACGACGCUGUACAGACGAUCACUCAACAUAUGAGUCAUCAGGAGAAAACUGCGGCGAUACACGCGUCACGUUUUGGGUAUGGACCUCUUGCGCAUCUGAAGUCGUCAGAAGUUGAAGACCUCCUUCCCGCAUUCGGGGGCGAAUUCCAACCCGGUCUCUACAAAGGGGUUGCAAGUCGGAAGUUUGCGAAUCCUGCUCCUCUCGGCCUAUACGCCUUCGCAUUGACGACCUUUGUCCUCAGCUUGAUCAAUUGCGGUGCUCGUGGGGUAGACGUACCCAAUAUUGUGGUCGCUCUCGCGGUCGGCUAUGGCGGGCUUGUACAAUUACUUGCGGGCAUGUGGGAGAUGGCCAUUGGGAAUACCUUCGGUGCUACGGCUCUAUCAUCCUACGGUGGCUUUUGGAUAGCAUUCGCUAUAGUCCUCACUCCGGGCGGUUUCCAAAUCGUCUCCUCCAUCGAAGAGGCUGGUGGUGCGCAGACAUUUGCAAAUUCUUUCGCAUUUUUCCUGUUUGGGUGGUUCAUCUUUACCACCAUUCUCCUCGUGUGCACCUUGAAGUCUACUCUCGCAUUCUUUCUCCUUUUCCUGACCUUGGAUCUGGCGUUUUUGAUGUUAGCGUGUUCCUACUUGACAACUGGAAGCACCAACGUUCAUCUUACUCGUGCUGGAGGGGCAUUUGGUCUCGCAGCUGCCUUCCUGGCUUGGUACAAUGCUCUUGCCGGCCUCGCAGACACAUCCAAUAGCUUUGUUAUCAUUCCGGUGGCACACUUCCCCUGGUCCGAGAAAGGUCGCCAACAACGCGGACUCCGAACAGCUGAGCACACAGCCUAG